AUUGCAAUGGUGUCAGGGAGGACUUGCUAAAAUAAAAACAAACUGGCUAUUGGUUAAAUGGAAUGAAUAAAAGUUAACACAAUGUCCCGCAACUGCUUUCUCAAGCCCACCAGAUAUUGGCCCCUAAGCAAACAUCGCUCCGCCAGCCAACAUCUUUGGCAACCGCCUGCAAGCGGCACCGAUACUGGCAUACGCAUUCAUAAUUGCAUAGCUCGUGAGCAAGUUCCUUUAAUACUGCCUAAUGACACAUACGCUACUUGGUAUACAUGUGGUCCUACAGUCUACGAUUCUACGCAUUUGGGACAUGCCAGCUGUUACGUUAAAUUAGAUAUUAUACAACGUAUACUGCGCCAAUAUUUCAAUGUGAAUGUUGUGACGGCUAUGAACAUCACCGAUAUUGAUGAUAAAAUCAUACGCAAAAGUGAAGAAUGCGGUAAAGGAUGGCGUGAGUUAUCGGGUCUGUAUGAAAGUGAAUUCUGGUCAGAUCUGCGCCAACUCAAUGUACUGGAGCCAAACAUAAAGCUACGCGUCACCGAACAGAUACCACGCAUUGUAGAUUUUAUUGCACGAAUAGUAGAACAAGGAAACGCUUAUAAAGGUAAUGACGGAAGCGUAUAUUUUGCGGUGAACAAAUGCGCAAAUUAUGGUAAGCUUCAAAAAGUUAAUUUGGCAGAUUUAACAGAGCAGCCAACAGAAGAUGGCGAGGGUAAAAUUGCUGCAGCGGACUUUGCACUGUGGAAGGCGCAAAAAAACGAGAAGGAGCCGGCAUGGUCAUCGCCCUGGGGAGCAGGACGCCCCGGUUGGCAUAUCGAAUGCAGUACGUUGGCAAGUAUGAUUUUUGGGCAACGACUAGACUUCCAUGCUGGAGGUUUGGAUUUGCGUUUCCCACAUCAUGAAAACGAAGAGGCGCAGAGUUGUGCGUACCACAAUACACAGCAGUGGGUAAACUAUUGGUUACACACUGGACAAUUGCAUGUUAAGGGACAAGCGUCUAAGAUGUCAAAAUCGUUAAAGAACACCAUCUCAGUGGGAGAAAUGUUGCAACAAUAUACGGCGGACGAGUUUCGUAUGGCGUGUGUGCUCUCAAACUAUCGUAAUGCGGUGGAGUAUGGUGACGAACUUAUGCAGACUUCAAGGAAUACGUUGAAACGUUUUAAAACAUUUAAAGCGGAUUGCCUUGCAUAUUUAAGCGGCAAAAAGCCGACUGCAAAUGUGGAGACAAGUGAAGUAUUGGCUGGCUUACAGCGCGCACAACAAGAUAUAGAUGCCUGCUAUAAGGAUGAUUUCGAUACAGCGCGCAGUAUUGGUGUGCUGCUGGAGCAAGCAAGUGCGGUGAAUCGCCAAAUCAAUAUUGCAAGUGGUGUAGAAGCCGAGUUAAGACUGACUACUAGCAGCUGCUUGGACGCAAUAGCCGCAGUAGACAACUUUGUGCAACAGCAUUUGCGUAUUCUAGGUUUCAGUUUUAUUGAAGAUUCAAAAACGCAAUUGAUAGGUGCGGCGUCAGAAUUCGACUUGGAUGGUUUAGUGGAGGAUUUGCUGCAAUCACGGCGCUUAAUACGCGAGCGUGCCGUUGCUGCGAAGAACAAAGAACUAUUUCGUAUAUGUGACGAACUGCGUAAUUGUUUGCGUCAACAUGGAAUUGAUAUACAAGAUCAUAGUCAGGGCACUUCAUGGCAAUUUAGUGGCGGAAAGAAAUAAAUAUGCUGAUUUAAAAACGGA